AUGCUGUCCACCUGUCCUCUCAACAGUCAGGAGGCUGGGGCUGGAGGAAGAUCUCGAAGACCUGGACCUUCUUCUACAAUGUGGCUUCUCCUUGCUUUUGUCUUGCUGGUGUCUGCAGCGCAGGACGGUGACAAGGUGCUGGAAGGCGAGGAGUGUGUGCCUCAUUCACAGCCAUGGCAAGUGGCCCUCUUUGAACGCGGCCGCUUCAAUUGUGGAGCUUUCCUCAUCUCCCCGCACUGGGUGCUGACUGCCGCCCACUGCCAAACCCGCUUCAUGAGAGUGCGUCUGGGCGAGCACAACCUUCGCAAGUUCGAUGGCCCAGAGCAACUGCGCUCCGUCUCUCGCAUCAUCCCACAUCCGGGCUACGAGGCUCGCACCCACCGCCAUGACAUCAUGCUCUUGCGACUUUUCCAGCCUGCCCGGCUGACAGCCCACGUGCGUCCUGUGGCGCUGCCCACACGUUGCCCCCUUAUCGGGGAGGACUGUGUGGUGUCAGGCUGGGGCCUGCUAUCAGACAACAACCCUGGAGCCACAGGGAGUCAAAAGUCACAAGUGAGACUCCCCGAUACGUUGCAUUGUGCCAACAUCAGCAUUAUCUCUGAAGCAUCCUGCAACAAGGACUACCCAGGUCGCGUGUUGCCCACCAUGGUGUGUGCCGGUGUUGAGGGCGGCGGCACGGACUCCUGUGAGGGUGACUCUGGAGGACCCUUGGUCUGCGGGGGUGCCCUGCAGGGCAUUGUCUCUUGGGGUGAUGUCCCCUGUGAUACUACCACCAAGCCUGGAGUCUACACAAAAGUCUGCAGCUACUUGGAGUGGAUCCGGAAAAAUAUGAGGAGGAACUGACUCAUUGGCCCACCACCUACGACCCUCAUGGACUACCUAGGACUCUGACCAAGAAUCCCCCGUAGUUGGCCAGCAGCCCCAUCCUGCCUGAGACAGAGCUGAGCUUCUCUGCACAUGAACAUACGCUGUUAGCCAGGGCCUCUCCCCUCCUGAUGUCACCUGCUUAACAUGAAGAAAACAGUGUUGGUAGCAUGGCAGUGGCGGGUCUUUGGUCCCAGCACUCAGGAGUCAGAGGCAGGUAGAUCUCUGACUUUGAGGCCAGCUUGGACUACAAAAUGUGUUCCAGGAUAGCCAGGGCUACACAGAG